AUGUUACCAAGAUGGCGACGCAUAAUAUCAAAAAUGUUCAUAAUUCCUCAGCGGUAUGUGCUUGGGAUCAUGGGCCUACUGGCGGUGUGCAACGCGUACACUAUGCGUGUGUGUCUCAAUCUCGCCGUCACGCAAAUGGUCAACAACACAAAGAGCGAGGAAUCGCACUUCGACCCUGACGCUUGCCCAGAUGACAGUGAGAUAUUAGUAAAUGGCACGGUCAGCUUGAAAGAGUACGCGAUAUUCGACUGGUCUGAAUCAACGCAAGGGCUCAUACUGAGCGGUUUCUACUAUGGUUAUGCUAUAACACACGUGCCAGGAGGGUAUUUGGCCGAGAGAUAUGGAGGUAAAUGGACUUUGGGCAUCGGCCUACUCAGCACGGCUAUUUUCACUCUUCUCACGCCAAUCGUGGUCAAAGCUGGUGGAGCGACAUGGUUGUUCAUACUGCGUGUGCUUCAAGGGAUGGGAGAGGGUCCAACGAUGCCUGCUUUGAUGAUAGUGUUAGCUCGAUGGGUUCCCCCGCACGAGAGAUCUCGACAGGGCGCGCUGGUGUUUGGAGGAGCUCAGAUUGGGAACAUAUUUGGAUCAUUUAUGUCCGGAUUUCUCAUGGCCGGUAACGGCGAUUGGGCUAACGUGUUCUACUUCUUCGGUUGCUUCGGAAUCUUGUGGUUCUUGUUCUGGAGUAUCCUUUGCUACAGUACGCCGAACACACAUCCAUACAUAUCGGACGAAGAGCUUAAAUAUCUAAAUGAGCACGUCACAAGCGCUGAUACGAAAAGCGUAAGAGACCCCGUGCCUUGGAAGGCUAUUGUCCGAUCAGUCCCGGUGUGGGCCCUUUUGUUUGCUGCCGUUGGCCACGAUUGGGGCUACUACACAAUGGUAACAGAUCUACCCAAGUACAUGACAGACGUUCUCAAAUUCAAUAUCGCCACCACGGGCACGUUAACUUCCAUUCCAUAUCUCGCUAUGUGGAUUAGCUCCUUCGUAUUCGGCUGGGUAUGCGAUGGAUGCGUCAAAAAGGGAUGGCAUUCGAUUAAGACGGGGAGAAUAAUCCACACUACUAUAGCCGCUACGGGUCCUGCGAUAUGUAUUAUAUUGGCCUCAUAUUCCGGCUGCGAUCGUUUCAAAGCUGUCGCAUAUUUUAUUGCCUCGAUGGCCCUCAUGGGAGGAUUUUACAGCGGAAUGAAGGUUAAUGCACUCGACUUGGCUCCGAACUACGCCGGCUCAUUAACGGCGAUGAUCAAUGGAACUUCAACGAUUUCGGGAAUCAUCACGCCUUACCUCAUAGGGUUGUUGACACCCGACUCGACGUUGUCGCAAUGGCGGGUGGCGUUCUGGGUGUGCUUCGCUGUGCUGGUAGGCACCAACGUGGUGUACUGCAUCUGGGCAGAUGGUAAGCAGCAGUGGUGGGACGACGUGAGGCAGUAUGGCUACCCGCCUGAGUGGAAACACGGCAGCAUACAGUCCUCCAGUAGCGACAAAGAGAAGAACAAGAAGGCCGAAUCAGCUCUU